AUGUUUGUACACGUCGUGUGUACACUAAUCAAAGAGAGAAAAGACUCGUUGAAGUCGGGAGAAUGUACGAUAGUUAUAGCGGGAGAAGUUGGUGCUGGUAAAACAAGUCUUCUGAACUUGAUUCUAGAGACACAGAUCUUCCCAGUCGAUUCACUCAAGUGUACCAACACUAUUCUAGAAAUACGAAGCAGUGAGAAGAAGGAUGCUAUUUUCUACUACAAACAACAGCUGUCAGACAGCGGCGAAAGAGAAAGAAAAGUACCACCGAAGAUUAUUAGCAUGAAGAGUCUGAAUGGACUUCAAGAAUUCAAGGACUGUGUUGCGGAGUAUGAUCAAUCGGAUGACAACCCUUACGACCGAUGUGAGGUGUUUUACCCAUUCAAAACACUCAGUAAAGGCGUGGUGAUUGUAGACACUCCAGGUAUAGAAGGUGGGAGUAAUGUCGAUCAAAGACUACAAACAUAUCUCUCGAGAGCGUUUUGCUUUAUCUACGUCAUCAACACGAACGCUGCAGGAGGCUUUCAGCAAAGCAGGCUCGGCCAUUUGUUAAAAACUGUUGUCAACAGUAGCGAAGAUUUCAGCCCUGAAGCGUUCCUAUUCAUCGGUAAUAAAUGGGAACAUGUACCCGAAGGAGACCGCGUUGACGUGCAAAAAGAAAUCUUUUACAAGCUGAAUCAGGUGUAUCCUGGGAUACGACAAACGCAGAUACAUUACAUGUCUGUAAAGAAGUCGGCAGAAUUCAAAAUGAACUACGAAACAAAAUUAGAAGAACACAAGAUUCUAAUGUUGAAGGUAUCCCAGCUUGUACCAAGCAGUCUCAGACAAGGAAUGGUGUCAAAUUACUGGUGGCUUUCUUCUUUCCUGUCACGAUCAUCUUAUCUCCUUCGCGUGACAAGCGUACAGCAGGCGAUGACACGUGAUGAACUAGACAGACAAUUUGAGGGCCUCCGUAAACACAUGGAAGAUCUACAGAAGAAUACUGGCGAGAGUAUCGAACGACUUCGGAUCAAAGUAGAAUAUGAAAUAAAAAGAAUUACAUCAGAUAUUCAAAACGUACUGCAAAACCGAAACUUCUUAGACAGAAUAUGUAAUUGGGAAGACACUAAUGAAUGCCCCAAGACUGAGAAAAAAUGGAAGAGCAUUGCCGAUGCCGCUGCUGUAAAGAUAUCAGACAGAAUAUCACGUGAGCUUGAUGGCUGGCAAAGACAGAACAGCAUUCUCCGUGUCCUUGACAACGAAAUCAUUGGAGUUUUCAGCAAAGAACUCGGGUUGAUGGAUGACCAAGUGAAAGAACUUGAAGACUAUUUGGUCAAAAGCCGGAGAGGCAAUAUGUGUAAGACAAUGCGUAUAGUUCCUGUAAAAGCCUUGUUUGCAAAGAAGAAGAAAAAGGUAGAGAAAACAUAUUCAACACUAGGUGGCGCUGUCAGUUGCGUUGGCAUGCUAGACACCGAUAAGAGAAAUGUCAGAAGAAUAUUCAGAGAUUUUAAUGACACAACGAAGGCAAAGAAGAUGUCAGAGGCGACUAUACUGUAUAUAGAAACAAUACUGUCACAUAAAGAAUUUGGCUGGAAAUUUAGAAGAUUCUUUGAUCAUUACUUUAAAGACAUUGAUGAAGCUGCGAAAAUAAUUCCUGGAUUUCUUAAGGCUGAUCUGCAGUUAACGGUACCGGCAAACAUUAGAAGAAAUGUUUUCCGGGAGUUAGAAGAUGAUCUUUUGAUGUAUAAACUCCCUGAAAAACUCCCUGAUUUAGUGAAUGAAAGUGCCGAACUUCUUGGACAACUUGAUAUCUUAUACAUAAACGACAUCAUGAAGUUUGACUUUGAAUUAUCUGAGUUAGAGUGGCAAAAUAAAGUGGAGGUGGGAAACGGAAGAUUUACCAAAGUGUACAAGUCCAGACUUAAGAGAAAUAACAGACCAAUUGCAAUAAAGAUCGCAACUGACGAAGUCGACCAAUCAAAUGUCAGGGAAAUCCUUACCGAGGACAGAAUCAUGAGGGAUUUGAAACAUGCUAAUAUUGUCCGGUACUACGGUGCGUCUAAUAUUAAAACAGUAACAGGUUUACAGUGGAUUAUGGUGCUGGAGUUAUGUCAGACAACCCUCAAACAAAUUUAUACUGGAAGCGAACGAAAUGAGCGCAUGAUUCCUGGUUGUUUAGGCAGUGACCACCCACGCUUUGCUGAGGCAGCCAAGUAUAUGCUUGACCAUGCCACCCAGAUUUGUACUGGCCUGGACUACAUUCAUGGAAAAGGAUACACCCACAGAAAUAUGAAGCUAGAAAAAGUUCUGUUGGCAGAGGGAAAUAUUAUCAAGAUUACAGAUGUAGGCGUCACCGAGGUAACACAGAUGCUUUGUAAAACUGCAGAUGGUUCCCCAGCUUAUAUGGCACCGGAAGUGCUGCUUUCGAAUGAGAUCCAAACAAACAAAAUUGACGUUUACAGUUUUUCUCUAAUAUUCUGGGAAAUGUGGUUUGGGAAGGAUGUAGCUGACGAAAUCAACAAGGAUUUAAUCGGGUAUGGUUACCAUGGAAAUGCAAUGGAAUUACUCAAAUCUCAGAUUGCAAGGACAGAUGGUUGGCGGCCACCACUGAAUUCACCAAAACAUCCGCCAGAAAUACUUACUGAAGUAUUAAAAAGAGGAUGGGCUUCCGAUCCUGAAAAGAGGCCAAGUGCAAAUGAGUUUGGAAACACUUUAGAACAGUUUCUGAAGAACAACCUCUAACAAAGCAUAUAGACUUUACACAACUUAUAACCUUACCAUUUUGAUCUCAACUGAAAAAGUCUAACGUGAUUACAUAUAGGAAUAUAACUACUGACAUGAUAUGAUAUGAUAUAAAGUGUUUCUAAAAACUGUAAAUUAAAUUCAGAAACAAGCCCAAAAGAAAAGAAAACAUAUACAAAUUUUUAUUUUUCAAACUAUUAUAUUGACAUAAGCUCCUGUAUUUGAAAAGAUGCAUAGGUAUAAAGUUCGCGGUUUAACAUUGAGUGAACUCAAUUAUAACAUGUUUCAUUUGUAAAAAUUUAAGGAUUUUUGUCAACAAUAACUGUUUAACAUUAUUGAAACGUCAUUUGCGCAGUGAUUAACAUUUAAACAAGAUUAGUUCUGUUCAAAGUUUACACAACAAAUUUAAUGUGUUGACAAUGCAUUCGUUUAAUCUUUUCACAAUUCGUGUCUAUACAAUUACAUAACAAUUAAUCGGUUCAUGAACAGACCACAUUUACAUGCUACUUACAUCUUGACAAUCUUUGUAAUGCCAUGAUUUGAGCUUUAAAAUGCAUCUGGUUGUUUUAAAAUAUAAUUAUACAAAGCAAAUUAGAACUACACUGUAUGAUAUUCGUAAUAUGGCUGUGAAUGAUUUUAUCCAGGUUUUAUUUGGAAGACAACAACAAAUAACUUGUAUGAUCUCAUAAGUUAUUCAAUAAUGACAUGUAUACUUGACUAAUAAAAUCAUUAUUUAGAGUAAGGUUUUCAAUAACUUGUUAUCAAUAUUUGUACUAAACUUUGGGGUAAAUUUCAAAACAGUUUUGUGCUGAAAUGGUUUAAGUGAUUAUAUUAAUCAAAUAUCAUUUGGUUUAUUAUUUAGCUUAAGCUAAAUUUAGGUAGUUGUUUUUGCAUAUUUUCAAAAUUUAUUUUAUUAAAUGCUACAAAAUGCUUGAAAUAACAAAGACGACUGUUUUGUGUUUCAUUUCGACAACUGUAAAGUCAAACUUAUAGAAUCAACCGAACAAUAGAAGUGUAUAAUAAUCAAAGUUUUCAUUUCUUUUUUAAAUACUGUAUUAUAUCAUAUUAUUCAUUAAACAUAUCACCCAUUGUUAAGGAUUUAUAUUAAAACAAAUGUAAAAAUAUACAAUGAUUGAGGAGAUCAAAGUUACAUCUUUAUGUCUUUUUCAAAAAAAGAGAUGUAUGGAACUUUGUCUCAUAUAGAGACUUUUACAUUCAAUGUGCAUUCAGUUAUUUGUUUUACAUUAUGUUCUAUUUACAAGUGGUUAUACCUUAAACACUCAAAUCUAUAAUCUUAAAGUUUUUAAAAUAUUUUAUUUUGUUUCUAAUGCUCAUUUUCCACACUGUCUUG